ACCAAACGAAGAACCUCCAAUUUUCGCGGCACGCCACCAAGAAGAUCCGUCAUUAUAACAGAGCAGUUCCAUGGUGAAGCAAAUUACAAAAGUUCUCUUGAAUUCAAUUUCAGCUCUUCCCGCCACCCGCUUUAAUAGAGUUAUUAGUUCAAGUGUUUGCCAUAAUGGUUUGAGAUACUCAACUUCAGUGCCAGAUGGUCCUGCGUCUCAUGAAGAUUUAAAAAGCGUUGUGGAGAAGGAUAUCAAGGAUAAUUCUGUGAUGAUUUAUAUGAAGGGGUUGCCUGAUAUGCCUCGUUGUGGGUUUAGCUCACUUGCCGUUCGAGUAUUAAAAGUAUACGAUGUUCCUUUCAGUGCUAGAAAUAUUUUGGAGAAUCCAGAGCUGAAAAAUGCUGUAAAAUCCGUCAGCAACUGGCCAACUUUUCCCCAAAUAUUCAUCAAGGGAGAAUUUAUUGGGGGUUCGGAUAUUGUUCUCAAUAUGCACCAGACUGGUGAACUAAAGGAAAAACUCAAAGAUGUUGCAACAAAGCAAGAGGAGUCCUAGUAAGCUGAUUUGGUGGAAGGAGCCACCUAGACUAUGUAUAGUAAAAUUACUGACUGAGGAUGACAGAGAAGGAAGAUGGUCGUGUCAACUUCUAGUUGUUAUUAGAGCUGAAAAAUAAGGCUCUUGGAAGUGUUCUUCGUGCGGCCAAGGUAAAUGAAUGAAAUGUACCAUUUUACGUUUGUACAUCUGAAGAAACAUAAGAAUCAGGAGUGAAAGAGCCAAUGCACAGAUGUUCAGGUUUUGUUGGAUUCACACUAGAUAUUGCUUACGGUUUAAGACAAUGGUUUGCAAGUUGAGUAGAAGCAAAUUUUGCUCAAGGGCACAUUUGUACUUUUUUGUUUCUGCAAAUGCCUUGCCUGGUUUCAGAUCA